GCCAUUCAUUUACAAACUGGUCCAGCUCUUCCGACAGGCUUGGACAGCCGUGUUCUCUCCAAUCCAUAGGCCUCCAAUUCACGACAUGAGUGCAUCUGUGUUCACAUUGGCCAAGCUGGAGUUCAAAUGGGCAAUGCGUGUUGGGAACUCUUCUGCCUGGAGCACAGCAUUCAGCCAAACGGCAGCUCCGUUGACCUGCCCAAAGACGACGAUUCCUUUGCCACAUUCUUCAUGGAGAUGAGCUCUAAAAAAUACGUGCCCAGGGCUAUUAUGGUGGACUUGGAGCAAACUGUGAUAGAUGAAGUGAGAGCUGGCACUUACCGGCAGCUUUUCAAUCCAGAACAGCUGAUCACUGGAAAGGAAGAUGCAGCAAACAAUUAUGCACGUGGCUACUACUCUGUUGGCAAAGACAAAAUUGAUGCAGCACUAGAUGGCAUCCGUAAGCUGACUGAUGCCUGUUCUGGGCUGCAAGGAUUCCUGAUCUUCCACAGCUUUGGUGGGGGUACCGGCUCUGGCUUUACCUCUUUACUAAUGGAACAACUCUCUGUGGAUUAUGGAAAGAAGUCCAAACUGGAGUUUGCCAUCUACCCAGCCCCUUGGGUAUCCACCUCUGUGGUGGAGCCCUAUAAUUCCAUCCUGACCACACACACCACCCUGGAGCACUCAGACUGCGCCUUCAUGGUAGAUAAUGAGGCCAUCUAUGAUAUCUGCCACCGAAACCUGGACAUCGAGCGUCCCACUUACACCAACCUCAACUGCCUCAUCAGCCAGAUUGUCUCCUCCAUCACCGCCUCUCUGCGCUUUGACGGUGCCCUCAACGUGGACCUGACGGAGUUCCAGACAAACCUGGUGCCCUACCCACGCAUCCACUUCCCCUUGGUGACCUACGCCCCCAUCAUCUCCUGCGACAGAGCACAUCAUGAGCAGCUCUCGGUGGCUGAAAUCACCAACUCCUGCUUUGAGCCCAACAACCAGAUGGUGAAGUGUGACCCAAGACAUGGGAAGUACAUGGCUUGCUGCAUGCUCUACCGUGGGGACGUUGUCCCCAAAGAUGUCAAUGUAGCAAUUGCUGCCAUCAAGGCCAACAAUUCUCUCCAGUUUGUUGACUGGUGUCCAACAGGCUUCAAGCUUGGCAUCAACUGUCAACCUCCUAUAGUUACACCAGCAGGACACCUAGCCCAGGUUCAGCGAGCAGUCUGCAUGCUGAGCAACACCACAGCCAUUGCAGAGGCCUGGGCAAGGCUCAACCACAAGUUUGAUCUGAUGUAUGCCAAAAGAGCUUUUGUGCACUGGUACGUGGGUGAAGGCAUGGAGGAAGGAGAAUUUGCAGAGGCACGAGAGGACCUGGCUGCCCUGGAGAAGGACUAUGAAGAAGUGGGAACUGACUCAUUUGAAGAUGGAAAUGAGGGAGAUGAAUUUUAAAAUUCACUCUCCCUUUUUCUGUGCCUAAUAUUGUCUCUGUGUUUCUUUUUUUUCAUGAGUCUGCAUUUCUGCUUUCUCACAUGCCCCGAGUCCAUAGCCAUCUUAGUAGACUAUAAACAGGAUGAGUGCUCCACUAUGAGAACACAAGACAGCAAAUGUGGGAUAUAUGACCAGCUAAUCAUUAGUUGCCUUGCCUCAGAGAGUGACUGGCUUCAUAUUUUUUGCUAAUAUGUCCUGAAAGGAUCUCUGCAAUCUAUACUGUCAUUUUUUUUUCAAUCCAAAUAUUGUCAU